AGGUUUCGUGGUGUAGUUGGUUAUCACGUCAGUCUAACACACUGAAGGUCUCCGGUUCGAGCCCGGGCGAAGCCAUUUUGUUUUUUUUUUCUCAUUUCAACUUGCUAACGACGUCGUAUCAACCCAAAUGAUCUCCCACCAUUUUCAGUAAAUUCUCAAACUCAUCGUAAUACUCAAAUCGAUUUCCCGCAGAAAUUUAUUACCCGUAUCUACUUUUUUUUUUUUUUUCACCGAAAACCGUCGGCCGUUCAACGGAGGUGGAGAAAGACAAAUGGAAAGCCGAUCACGGCGGAGCUUAACCAGAUCUAAGGCUGACCUGCCGACGUCACUGCGCCGCGCCUGGUACCAUCUGAGGCUGUCGGUUCGGGAUCCGACCCGCGUACGAACUUGGGACGCCAUCGUAUUGACGGCGGCCAGCCCCGAGCAAGCGGACCUGUACAACUGGCAGCUCAACCGUGCCAAGCGAAUGGGCCGCAUUGCGCCGUCCACCAUUACUCUGGCUGUUCCCGAUCCUCACGGCCAGCGCAUCGGCUCCGGCGCUGCCACUCUUAAUGCCAUUUUUGCUCUCGCCAAGCACCUCCACCAGCUCUCGCUGAUCGAUUCACCUGUAGCAGGCUCAAGCAAACAAAACUCGGAUAAUGAAAUUCCGGUCCAACAACUAGUUGAAUUAAUCAGGAAAAAACAUAUCCUACUGCUUCAUGCUGGAGGAGACUCCAAGAGGGUCCCGUGGGCUAAUCCAAUGGGGAAAGUUUUCCUUCCUCUUCCAUAUAUGGCAGCAGAUGACCCUGAUGGUCCAGUUCCUUUACUCUUCGAUCAUAUUCUUGCAAUUGCUUCUUGUGCGAGACGAGCUUUUCACAACGAAGGCGGACUGUUCAUUAUGACCGGAGAUGUUCUUCCUUGUUUUGAUGCUUUCAGCAUGGUUCUCCCAGACGAUACAGCUUCUAUUAUCACUGUUCCGAUAACUCUUGAUAUUGCUGCCAAUCAUGGUGUCAUUGUGGCAUCCAAGUUUGGGUCAUCGACUGAUGCUCAUUCAGUUUUCUUGGUCGAGGAUUUGCUUCAGAAACCUAGUGUAGAUGAUCUUGUUGACCGCCGAGCAAUUCUAGAUGAUGGCAGAACAUUACUCGACACUGGAAUUAUAGCAGUCAAAGGUACAGCGUGGGUAGAUCUUGUGAUGCUUGCUUGUUCCAGUCAACCGAUGAUAUCAGGACUUUUGCAAAGCAAAAAAGAGGUGAGUUUAUAUGAAGAUCUGGUGGCAGCAUGGGUGCCUGCUAAGCAUGAAUGGUUGAAGGGACGCCCUUUGGGUGGAGAACUUGUCACAGCACUCGGGAAACAAAAGAUGUUCAGCUAUUGUGCAUAUGAUCUCUUAUUCUUGCACUUUGGAACCUCGAGUGAAGUUCUGGAUCACCUCAACGGUACUGGUUCUGGACUUGUUGGUAGGAGGCACCUGUGUUCCAUUCCAGCAACCACUGUUUCUGACAUUGCUGCCUCAGCCAUUAUUAUAUCGAGCAAAAUAGCUCCAGGUGUCUCUAUAGGGGAGGAAUCCCUUGUGUACGAUUCCUCGAUUUCCACCAGUAUACAGAUUGGUUCUCAGUCAAUAGUUGUUGGUGUGAAUGUGCCCGAAGCCCAAAAUAUGGCAAAUGAGACUUCAUUCAGGUUCAUGCUUCCAGAUCGCCAUUGUCUCUGGGAGGUUCCCUUGGUAGGACACACAGAGAGAGUAAUAGUAUACUGUGGUCUCCACGAUAAUCCAAAAAUUUCACUUUCACAGGACGGAACCUUUUGUGGGAAGCCAUGGAUGAAGGUUUUAGGUGAUUUAGGAAUUCACGAUGCUGAUCUAUGGGGUUUAAAGGAAAACAAAGACAAAUGCUUGUGGAGUGCUAAAAUAUUUCCUGUUCUUUCCUACUCAAAGAUGCUGCAAUUGGCAACAUGGCUUAUGGGAUUGAGUAACCAAGAAGAUGAACACGUCCUACAUUUAUGGAAAAUAUCAGACCGGAUCAGUCUAGAAGAGUUGCAUAGAUCAAUCGACUUCUCAAAAAUGUGGUUAAGCUCUACAAAUCACCAAGCAGAUCUUGCAGCAGGGAUUGUUUCGGCUUGCCUUAAUUUUGGCUUACUUGGCCGUAACCUAUCUCAGUUGUGCCAAGAAGUUUUGCAGAAUGAUGUCUCUGGAAUUAAAACUUGUAAAGAAUUUCUAUCAAUUUGCCCUAGGCUCGAAGCUCAAAAUCCUCAGAUUCUUCCAAAAAGCAGGGCACACCAGGUUCACCGUGAUCUUCUACGAGCAUGCAAUGAUGAACAGAUGGCUGCUGAAAUAGACCACAAAGUCUGGGCUGCUGUUGCUGAUGAAACUGCUUUAGCAGUGAGAUACGGCCUUAAAGCUGACUCGUCUCACGAUAGUCUUGUGCAAUCUUUUCAACUCAAGAAAGUGAAGGUGGUGUUACCUGUUCGAGUAGAUUUUGUAGGCGGUUGGAGCGACACUCCUCCAUGGAGCUUGGAACGUUCUGGAUGCGUACUGAACAUGGCAAUAACAUUAGAAGGUUCUCUCCCUGUCGGCACAAUUAUAGAAACAACAAAUAAACCCGGUCUGUCAAUUAACGAUGAUGCAGGAAAUGAAAUAUAUAUCGAAAAUAUUUCCUCCAUCGCACCUCCAUUCGACAGCAACGACCCAUUUCGGCUAGUCAGAUCUGCACUGUUCGUUACAAAUAUUGUAAACGAUAAUAUUUUUCAAUCCACCGGCCUGCAGAUAAAGACGUGGGCCCACGUGCCACGUGGCAGUGGCUUGGGUACUUCCAGCAUAUUAUCAGCAGCAGUUGUGAAAGCUCUUCUGCAGAUAACCGAUGGAGAUGAUAGUAAUGAAAAUGUGACGAGACUUGUAUUGGUCUUGGAACAGGUUAUGGGCACUGGAGGUGGCUGGCAGGAUCAGGUCGGUGGUCUCUAUCCUGGCAUUAAGUUUACUUCAAGUUUUCCUGGAAUUCCACUGCGGCUUCAGGUCAAUCCCCUACUCGCUUCUCCUCAACUGAAUAACGAGCUGCACCAAAGACUUCUUGUCGUAUUUACUGGGCAGGUUCGACUUGCACAAAGAGUGCUGCAGAAGGUGGUGAUUCGCUAUCUACAACGAGACAACCUACUUGUUUCGAGCAUAAGGCGUCUCGUCGAACUGGCAAAGAUUGGGAGGGAAGCUCUGAUGAACUGUGACAUAGAUGAGUUAGGUGAUGUAAUGUUGGAGGCAUGGAGGCUGCAUCAAGAGCUCGAUCCAUUCUGCAGCAAUGCAUUUGUCGAUAAGCUCUUUGCUUUUUCCGAUCCAUAUUGUUGUGGCUACAAGCUUGUCGGUGCUGGUGGGGGCGGAUUCGCAUUAUUGCUCGCUAAAACCGCGGAAUCUGGUAAAGAAUUGAGACGAUUAAUUACCGAAAAUUCUGAUUUUGAUGUUCAGGUUUAUGAUUGGGAGAUUUCUCUUUAGUUUUUGGCCAACUUAUUUUGUGUAUGAGUAUAAUAUGCUGUUUGGUGAUGUAAAGAUAAUUGUAAUUUGUAUCCAUUUAUUGAAAUUCUGAAUAGUGAAUAAUAAUGGAACUACCUCCGACAUACACGUGUCCCCAUAUUAUUGGAUGAACAAAUUCUACGGCGUUAGAUCCUUUCCUCA